UGGAGCGCGGGGUCCCACUUUCCCCAUGGCGGCGCGGGCCGGGUUGUUCCGAGCCCUGCUGCGCGCCCGCGUCUCCCAGGUCCCCCAUGGAAAACUUGCCAAUAAAACAUGCCUCUGGACUGGCCUGCUCUGGGGAGAUCUGGUUUUGUAACUUCAGUCUCCUCCUGGUCAACUUCAAACUUCAUUUAUCUGACCAAGGUAACUCAAUGAAACAAAUCAGACAUGCUUCCAUGAGUUUUACUGUGUGCAAAGAACUGGAGGCUUCUUCUUUUUCUGAAGAUAGAACAUGCAAGGCUAACAAUGGUAUGGAUCGAAUUUUCUCUGGUAUUCAGCCAACUGGGAUUCCCCACCUGGGCAACUACCUGGGAGCCAUCCAGAACUGGGUGAGACUUCAGGAGGAAUAUAACUCCGUGUUGUAUAGCAUUGUUGACCUGCACUCCCUCACAGUGCCCAGGGACCCACCUUAUCUGCGUCAGAGCAUCCUAGACACCACCGCUGCCAUCCUUGCCUGUGGUAUCAAUCCAAAGAGAUGCUUUGUGUUUCAGCAGUCACAGGUGCCUGAGCAUGCAGAGCUUGGUUGGAUUUUUGGGUGUUUUACUAGUGUGCCACGUUUACGACGCUUACCCCAGUGGAAGAUAAAGAAUACCAGCCAAAAUAACGAAGGAAACGUUGGUUUGUUCAUGUAUCCCGUGCUUCAAGCUGCAGAUAUUUUGCUAUACAAGUCAACACAUGUUCCUGUUGGAGAAGAUCAAGUCCUGCACCUGGAAUUGGCACAAGAUAUAGCACAACACUUUAACAAGAAAUAUGGAAAAUUCUUUCCAAAACCCAGAGCUAUUUUAAAUUCAACAAAGAAAAUAAAGUCCCUCAGAGAUCCAACAGCCAAGAUGUCCAAGUCGGACCCUCAGAAGUUAGCUACAGUUAGCAUAACGGACAGUGCAGAGGAGAUAGCGCUAAAAUUCCGCAAGGCUGUGACUGACUUCACCUCAGAAGUGACCUAUGAUCCAGACAGUCGCCCAGGUGUCUCCAAUCUUGUGUCUAUUCAUGCUGCAGUAACGGGACUCAGCAUAAAGGAAGUACUACACCAAUCAGUUGGUCUUGACACCGCCCACUACAAAAUGAUAGUGGCAGAGGCAGUUAUCCAGAAACUUGCACCAGUUAGAAAUGAGAUUAAGAGGCUCCAGCAGGAUAAAUGCCACUUGGAGAAUGUUUUAAAGGCUGGAGCAGAGAAAGCCAAAGAACUAGCUGCCCCUGUGUACCAGGAAGUAAGAAGAUUGGUAGGUUUACAGUAGAAAUUGCUAAAUAGUGAUAAGCUAUUUUAUUUUCUAUAGCAAACCUUUAUUUAUUUUCUUAAUGAUUUUGAGGGAAUCUUUUAUUUGGGGAAAUCAGACUAGAAAAUCAGAGAUGUUUUGAACUACAGUCAAAUGAAGACAACAAAGACCUGCAGUUUCCAAAGAAAACCAUAACAUCAGGACAGUGAGACUACCUAAAGAAAUUGCCUAUUUUUGUAGCAUGUCAUAAGAAGGGAAAGCAAGGUAACUGGAAUGUUCUCAAACUAAUCCAAACAGGAGAGAAAGUCAAACUCUUGUCACAAAACUCUAUCAUACACAUAACCCUAAAUAGAAAGGCAGUUAUCCCAUUAGCUUUAUUGCCACUUAUCCUAGGUUGAAGAUGAUAGCAAAAUGUAUUCCCAAGUAACCAGAAUAAAAAUAUUAGGCUUUUGGAGUGGAAUGUGCAGGGAAUUGAUAACGGGAAAAAAAUGUUCACCUCUGAGUCGCUAGUUAAAAUCCAAUCUAGUUAAGUAAUGAUUUCUAGCUUUUAUGAAACAAAUUUGGCCUCAGUCUUGGUAUACGAAUAUCUAUAUUACAGAAACCAUCAAGAGCAUCAAGUGAGGCUAGUUGGCAUUUUGGGAAGUCAUACCAAGAGCCCAAGGAGUAAACAAAGUGUACAUCCUAAACCUUGCACUCUUCUCUCACUCUGAAGUCAGCCCCUGCUUACAGCAGAUUCCAUGAAGGGAGUUUUAUGCCACAGUUUUUCGUUUUGUAUUUAUCCUUUGAAGCAGCAAAAAUUUCUGUUCUUGUCAGUCCACUACUAGUAUGAACUGCAGAUUUAAACAACAAACAAUAUCUUCAUCCUCCAGGAAGAUGACAGGCUGAGAAACCAGAGAACUUUUAUAAAACUCACCAGAAUUGCUUGGGUAUAUGUUUAGCUGAAUUUGGACUAUGGGUUAUGAUAAAAAAAGCAUUUUUCUCAAAGUAGUGAGAGAGAAGUUUAUUGUACACAGGCCCUAAUUUCUUACUAGCCCCCAAGAAUGAGAGCUGCUGUUGAAAAGCUCAUGGGAAGGGGGAAUGAACAAAAGAAAAUUAAAAAUUUUUGUGAUAAGUAGAAAGGAGAGAGCUAUAAAAUAUAAAGGCAGUGUAAAACUUAUACUGUACUGUCCUGAAACAUUUAACUGCAUCACUGCAAUAAUGCUUUUCUUGAAAUUACUGCAUUGAAAUAUAAACUCACAUAUACUGUCAUUCUGGAAGCUUAUACUAUGACAGCUAUUGCAGAGAGGGGAAAAGCUGUAUCGGUAAAAUAUGCUUAUAAUAUGUCUGUGUCCUGAGCAGGGAAAGAUAAAUAGAUAUAAUGGAACCAAAUAAACUGAUCUUUUUUCUGUG